AUGGCCAAGAUCGCCUUGUUGCUUUUCGUCAUGGCCAUUCUGGUCUCUCUCCACGCUAAUGAAGCUCACCACCGUAAGGGAGAUCCAGCGCGUGAAAAAGACUUAACAGCCAAGAAAAAGAGCAUUCAAGGUUUGACAUCUGAAGUGAAAUCGUUGAGCAAAUCUGAACAGGUGGUGAAUAACAUUGAAAAAGAUCACAAUAAGAACAAAAUGCUUUCAAAGAAAGAUCACAAGAAGAAACUGGACUCAAUGGCUUAUGCACAGAAACUCAAAAAAUUCCGCAGGGUUACCAAAAUCAAGAGAGUACCUGCGAGAAAGAGGAAAUCUGUAUCCAUUAUCCAAUCGAUCUUGAAAGAUUUUGGAUUAAACGGAGGGAGAAACUAA